UCUUCAUCUUCCAGGCCAAUAGAUUGAAAAACUUUCAAUCUGACGUUCUUUCUUUGAGGUGUAAAUGGAUUCUCAGCAGUUGUGCGAUGUUGAAUGCUUUAUGAUCCUCGAGGAGAUUGUGGUGCAUUCGUAUAUUGUCCUUAUUUGCUAUUUUAUGGCUAUUUACAGCAUGUUAUUAAGAAACCAAUCUAGAAAUAGACGGGUCAUUCGAUAUUGUAUGAGUGCUAGAAUUCCUAAAAUCUUGUCUCAUCUAAAUGUUCUCAUUCGUGACAAUGAUAUUGUAUGUAUUGACAAGCUUAGGAUGGAUAGAAAUGCCUUUCACAUUUUGGCCUCCUUAGCCAAGAAUAUUGGAGGGUUGACUGAUAGUAAAAAUAUGUCGAGUACUGAAAAAUUAGCAAUGUUCUUAAAUAUUUUGGCUCAUCAUGAAAAGAACAGGUCUGUCAAAGUUGAUUAUAUUAGAUCGGGGUGGAGUGUAAGUCGAGCCUUUAAUGAAUGUCUAAGAGCUAUUCUUAAACUAACUCCAUUGUUACUUGUUAAACCUAAUCCGGUACUCGAAGAUGAUACUGAUGAUCGAUGGAAAUGGUUUAAGGUAGGUAAAUUUCAAUCUAACAUUUGAUUUACUACAACAAACUUGAAAUAUUAUGGUGAAAGUAUUUUUACUUUUAAUAGUCCUUUAGUAUUUAGAGUUGAAUUUAUCUUAUAGGGUUGUCUUGGUGCAUUGGAUGGUACUUACAUUUCCAAUAGAGUUGAAGCAAUAUAUAAGCCAAGAUACAGAACACGAAAAGGAGAUAUAGCAACUAAUGUCUUGGGGGUUUGUGAUAGAAAUCUCAACUUCAUUUAUGUAUUACCUGGUUGGGAGGGAUCAGCCGUUGAUGGUCGCGUAUUGCGAGAUGCUGUUGUACGAAGAAAUGGGUUGAAAGUACCUCAGGAUUGAAAUGGCUAGUUCUACUGCUGCAGCAUCUAACACGUCCAGAAAGAGGGCAAGAAAAUCAACACCUUCAUCUCGAAGGGUAUGGACUCCAGAAGAGGAACUUACUCUUGUAGAUGGAUUAAAAGAAUUGUGUGUUAAUGGUUGGAGAGGAGAUAAUGGAACCUUAAGACAUGGAUAUUUAAUGGAAUUGGAACACUACAUGAAUGCUCGUCAUCCUAACUGUGGAUUGAAAUCUCUACCACAUGUUGAUUCUAAAAUAAGAGCAUGGAAAAAGAGUUAUGCAACAAUAUCGUUGCUAAAGAGUCGAAGUGGUUUAGGAUUCCAAUAUAGUGAUGGAAGUAUCUUAGUUGAUGAUCCUAAAGCUUGGGAUGACUUGAUAAAGGUUGAUCCAAAUGCCAAGUCAAUGAACUUAAAAAAAUGGCCAUUAUUUGCUGACUGGGAAAUGAUAUUUGGCAAGGAUAGAGCUACUGGAGAGUUUGCUGAUGGGCCAGAAGAUGCUGUUGAAGAAAUAGAAAGAAUUGAAGCUCAAGAAAUUACUGAUGGCAUGUCUGUGGGAUUUCCUAUUGAUGUUGUCGACGUAGAUGAUGCUUCAGGCACAAGAGAAGAUCAAGCUGCUCAAGAGGAACCUAAUGUAUCAGCUGGAGCAACACAAAGUCCAUUUACUACUCAAGAUGAACCUAAUGAAUCAACUGGAGCAGCACAAAGUUCAUUCACAACUCAAAAAGGUGAAACCCAUCAAUCUCAGAAACAAGGUAAUAGUUUUAAAGCAUCAUCUUCUAAAGUCAACGAAAAAGGUAGAUGCAAAAAAAGAAAAACAACUGAAGAUGAUAAUGAGACUGUUCUUAAAGGUUUGAUGGAGGUGAUGAAACAAUUCACUGAAAGCCAUGACAAAAGGAUGGCUUCUUUAAUUGACAAGCUAGGAGAGCGUGAUCUAUCUGAGAUUCGUGGUAAGAUAUUUUCUAUUAUUGGAUCCCCUGCAUUUGAAAUAUACAACUCAGAUGAACGAGUCAAGGCAGCAAUGGGAAUUACUCAAGAUAUAAAGAGGAUGGAAUUCUUCUUAAGCAUCAGUGAACUUGAACGCCACAGUAUGAUAUGGAUGAUUAUUAAUGAUAAGCUUUAAAUCAUUGAUGGUUUUUGUGUAGCUAU